AAUAAGCUUAGCUUGUGUGUCCUGGGAUUAUUGGACAAUCAUUCAUUCUAAAACAAUUCAAUACCAAAAAUAUCAUGCUAUGCACUCUUCUUUUUCACCACCCUCUCUGGAAACAAUAUUCAAGAUUUAAGCAUUAUUCUCAUUGUCACUUUCAUCAGCAUAUAAAAGGGUGCGGUGCAAGAGUUCCAUUGAAACACAGAUAUAUUAGUGUACAUGGAGAACCCUCAUUCUUCUUCUUUUUCUUCUUCUUCUUGCUAUGCUACUUCUUCUCCUUAUGUUGUGAUUGCAUGCGACGCCACUAAGGACCGCAGCGAGAAUGAGAUUAAGCUAAUCCUUGAUAACAUAAGAAAACAGGGCGAUCUUCUCUCUGCUGGUGACAGGUUGCUUGUGUUCUGUGUAUUGCAUAGGGUGCUUAACCCCAUGGGGUACCAGACCAUAGCAUGCCCUGAGUCUAUGUUUGGUACGAACUUUCGAGCAAUGGAGGAACAAGUUAAAAAGAAAGCCGAUGCAUAUGCAAUUGAGCUUUUAUCAAGUCAUGAAGAAUUUAAAAGUGUAGGGGUUAGCGUUGAAGUUAAAGUCACUGCAGGUUUUCCUCUUAGACAGGUUAUUUUACAGGAGGUUACAAGAUACAAUGUAUCAUGGAUUAUACUUGAUAGGCACCUUCGGCGCGACAUGAGAUUCUACCUGAACAGGAUACCAUUCAGGGUUGGAUUGGUUAAAGAUGACUUCUCUGUGGAUAUCUGGAGAUCCCAUCAUGCAAACAUUACAACAAUCACGGAAACAAAGCCUGUCUAUUCCUUUUACAAGUUUGUCUCUUUAGCAGAUUGCCAAAGUAUUGAAGACAUUGAACAACAAUCUAUUAUCUCUUUCAAAAGUUAUCCCCAUAUGUUAACUUCUUCAGAUACCUCUGUCAUGAUUAAGAGCUAUACAAAGCAUUCAAAUGCUGAUGUAUGGGAGCAGAGUUCUUCACUAGAAUCUGGACCUUCUAAGCAUGAAAGAUCAGGCGUAAGCAUGAAAGGAGAACAUAAGCAUAGCGAUAACUCUCAUGUUGGGCAAAAGCAAGGAGGCUCUACACCACCACUUCUUUGUUCUGGAUGCAAGAUAAGGACGGAAUUGUCUGUGAAUGAGUUGACGAGGUUUACCUAUUCUGAAAUACAGCAAGCAACAAAUGAUUUUUCAAAGGAUAACCUAAUAGGUGAAGGUGGAUAUGGUCAUGUUUACAAGGGUGUUCUUAAAGAUGGACAGCAAAUUGCAGCAAAGGUAAGGAAAGAGGAAAGCUCACAAGGCUCUUCGGAGUUUCAUUCCGAGGUGUAUGUCUUAAGCUUCGCUCGCCACAAGAAUAUAGUUAUGCUAUUGGGUUUUUAUUGCAAAGAAAACCGAAAUAUUCUUAUAUACGAGUAUAUCUGCAAUAGGUCCCUUGGUUGGCACUUAUUUGACAAAAGUGCUCCCCUUCUGGAGUGGCAACAAAGGUAUGAAAUUGCCAUCGGAACCGCAAAGGGAUUGCGUUUUCUGCAUGAGGAAUGCCGUGGAGGUCCUAUUAUUCAUCGUGACUUGCGACCAUGCAAUAUACUUCUUACUCAUGAUUAUGUUCCCAUGCUAGGUGACUUUGGCCUUGCCAAAUGGAGGAACGGUGAUGGUACUAUGCACACCAGGAUAAUGGGCACAAUAGGAUACCUAUCUCCAGAGUAUGCUGAAACCGGUGUAGUUUCUGAGCGAACAGAUGUGUAUGCAUUUGGCAUCGUUUUGUUACAACUGAUUUCAGGACACAAGGUCUCCAAUUUCCGCAAUCCAGAACAACAAUCUCUCAGACAAUGGGCUAUGCCAAUCAUUGAGUCGUUGGCUUUACACGAACUGAUUGACACUCGUCUUGGGAACUCAUAUGACACGUAUCAACUAUACCUCAUGGCCAAAACCGCAUUCUUCUCCGUCCAAAUAGAGCCUCAUGACCGUCCUUCAAUGGGAGAGGUUGUGCGCCUUCUUGAGGGAGAAAGUAAAAACUUUCACACAAUAGGAGAGGAAUUGUUGCCAAAAUAUAACAGCUAAGGAAAACGGGAGAAAGCUAAGAUCUUGACAAGUUAUGCAAGUAGCCACAAUUGAUAAUGGAGAUUCAAGUGUAAAAUUUGGGAAACUCUGGUUAUUGGUGUGUGAACCAUAGUAUGAUGGUUACUUAUUAGAAGAAAAAGAAGACUUUAAAAAUAAACAGUGCACCAGUUAUUUUAAUCGUUGAUUUUAAUUAAUAUAUAUUAUAUAUAUUUUUUAUAAUUCAGAUUAACGAUUAAAAUGAUUGGAGCACCGAUACU